AUGCAUCGCCCUGCCACCGAGACUCUUCUGCGGUGCCGUUACGAAGCCCCAAUCCACACCUGGGAGAACAUCGUUCGGACUGGCCCCAGCCCCGAAGGCUGCGUAGGCCGGCACCGUGGUGAGGUUGCCCGCGUCCUGCUCAUAGAAGCCGCCAGCUUCUAUCACUGCGGCGUCCUCGAGAUCGUGCAGGAGCCGCAGGUCCGCGUGAUAGCACCGUCCGAGAUCCUCGAGCAGUGCCAGAUCGACGCAAGUUUCCUGUCUUCCCCUUCUAGCCUCGUAUGGUGCCCGUCGCUGACAGUAUACCUCCGGCUUUACACCUCGUACCAAGCGCUUUCCUAUCUCCGCUGGUUGAUCGCUUUCGACGUUUUCCGCCACGUCCCCGGAGAUUCGACGCCCAUCUCGUACGCCGCUCUGGCCGGGGCCGCAGCUGCCCCCGUCACCACGCUCGGGUCCGUCGCUCGGAUGGCUAUGGCGCGGGACCUGUUCGUGGAGUUUUGGGCGGCUGUAUGCUGCUACUGCUGCUGCUGCGGUAGCGGGUAG